AUGGGAGUUCUGGGUCUUACCCCAUUUUUACAGAAAACCUGCCCGGAAGUUAUCAGAAAACUUCCAGACCGCCUCAGAUCUCUCUGCGGUAAGACCAUUGUCAUUGAUGGCACCCUUAUAACGCAGCGCCUUCACUUCGCACCGAUGCCUCAUUCGCAUCGACACGUCCUCGGGUGGCAUCGCAUAAUCACGGAACUCAAAGAGUGCAAUGUGCAUGCAAUUUGCGUAUUUGAUGGUAGAGACCGCAGCAUUGCCAAAGCUCGAGAGGUAGAACGACGCAAGGAGAUACGGAGACUGGAUGCAGCUCGUUCAUCCAUUGAGGUGGAGAGACUGAGCAGACUUCGGAAAUUGAUGCGAUUACUACCGCAAUAUCAUUCAAUGGAACCACCGGACCGUCGGCGUGUCAGCUAUGCGUUACAACACGUAGCAGUGGCUUCAAAGACCAUCCCUACAUACUUCCAGCCUUCUUUGUCACCAUCGGAUAUCCUUCGGAAUGAUGUGAACUCAGUCACUGUUGCUACAACUCGCCCUCAAACUCGCCUUUCUGGUGCUUCUGAAUUUGAGCAAAUUUGCAAUACUCUAUCCUCUCAUUCGGAGGAGGAUACCCUUUGGGCAAUCUACGAUUCUGUUAACAUGUCGGAUGCAGACAUGAAAGAGAUUCUUCUCGCUCGCACAGGUCAAUCAGUCGCCGUCAUCCCGCCUUGUGAUUCCAAGUCAUGGCUAAAUCCUGUAAAUAAUUCAACGUUGGAUUCAAAUGCUUCCCUUGUUGAAGGCAUAUCCAACCUUCGAGUGCAAGACCUCCUCCCUGGCCCAAGCAUCAUGCAAGGCGAACCUCGAGAAGCUGAUUUUCAAACCUCUCAGGACGUGAUUUUUGCAGAUUUCGUACCCCCAGCAGAGGAUGUGAUUUCUGCGCUCUCCUCCCUAUAUCAAGAAUAUCGCGAGUGUGUCGCACAGAUCACCUCACUACCUCCUACCGUGGAUGUUCCAGAGUCCCCAGACGAGACUCGCGCCGAGUACAUCAUGUCCAGGUCCCAACUUCAAAUGACAAUAGAGGAGGGUCAAGUAUGGGAUACACUCGCAGACGCUCCUGAAACUGUCCUCGCAACGUUGGCUGAAAAGAGUAGUAUUCUUUCCGAGUCUUACGCUCGCCGAUCGAAUCCUCCUACUACCCAAACUUACGAGGAGAGCAAGGAGAUCCUGCGCGCUAUGGGUGUGCCGUGCAUCGAAUCAGAGGGACCCUUUGAAGCAGAGGCUCUUGCAUCCUCACUUGUUAUCCAUGGCAAAGCUGAUUAUGUUGCAAGCGAAGAUACGGACGUCCUCGUCUACGAGGCUCCCCUCAUUCGAAAUAUCGCCAACAGAAACGAUCCAUUGAUCCUCGUCGAUGGGUCCCACGUUCGUACUGCUCUUCAACUUUCCAAAUCCGCAUAUAUCGACUUCCUCUUGCUCCUCGGUACGGACUUCUCGCAACGGAUCAAGAACGUUGGUCCUCAGCGCGCACUUAAGUUCAUCCGCGAACAUGGCAGCAUCGAGCGUGUGAUCACACAAGAACACAAGUACCCACCGCGACUCGCCAAAAAAUUGUACCUAGAACAAGUAGGCAUCGCUCGGCUUACAUUCGCAACAUUGCCCCCUAUUCCAGACCCUGAAACACUGAAGCAACACAAUGUAAACCACGCGAAGGUUGCAGCCAUUGUACAAAAGUAUGGAUUACAGAGACUACUGCCUGAUCAGUGGAAUUACGGUACUGCGUUGGAGGGCAAUUAUUUUGCUGACAAUCCCAGAGCAAGGUAG